UUAUCCACCUCUUUCCACCUUAAUGAUUAAGGUAUCAACAAGACAUUUUAACAAUUUUGAUAGUCAAAUGAUAGCAGAUAUGAAUUAUUUCACUUCCCAAGCUUUGUUUUUGACCUCUGAGUUCUGUGCAUAAUUUCCCACAUCUGUUACUUUGAAAGAGAUGAAAGAACCCAUGAUCUAGAAUGUUUGAUGGUAGCCAUUAACGUGCUUGUUGUGUUUCUGUCCUGCAUUUGCCUUUCUGCUGUGGUGAGGUAUGAAGGGGAUGAAGAAACCUAUGCAGCCAACAAGGAAAAAGAUCGGUUGGUUCAGGUGAGAAGGGAGAUUCAUAGCACCCAGAACUGGGUUUCCAAGAGCACAACACCAGUGAACUUGACAAGCUUGGCAUACCUUACACAUACCCAGUUGCCGAAACGAGGAUUCUUGCCCAAAUUGGCUCUGGUACUCGUCCCAUCAUUGCAAUUCGUGCUGUCACGGAUGCACUCCCUUUGCAGAAUGCAUGCUUGUGGACAUGAUGCUCACACCACAAUGCUUCUUGGGGCUGCAAAGUUGCUGCAUCAGCGCCAAGAUAAACUUCAGCAUUCUUUUUAUGUUGGUCCAGUAUUUUUGGAGAACAUACAGAAGCCCGGAUAAUUUUAUGAAAUUAAAAACGCAAUGAGGUAUAGAUAAAUGAUUUCCUCAUCCGAGAAUCGGAACCCUAAUGGCAGAGAAUUCAAAGACAACACCGGCACCGCCGUCUCAAUGCACCUAUUAACACAAAAAAGGGAAAAGCAAAAUUGAGAUAGAAUAAAGGUGGAAACUUUGGACGGAAUGGACCUAGAUCAAAUAUAAAGAAAUGAAAACCUAAACAGAUGCUGACGUGCCAAGUGUAGAGUGUAAUAUAGAGUUGAUUUGGCGGCAUCAUAAUCGGCGCUUUAGGAUUUAUAUAUAAUUUUUUUUUUGAGAAAAACAUAAUAUAUAGAUUCGGAUAACAAUUGUUAAAUCUUAACGCUCUAUUUUGUUAGUGAGGAGGAUGGAGUAAGCCAAAGGAAUGAGGCUAAAUUAACGGUUUUAGAUUUUUAGGGAUCAUGCAUACAUGACUAUCAUCAUGUAUGAUAUGACUAAAAUGAGAGAUUAGAGUGUUGUGAUUGAUCUGCAGAAAAUAGUCUAUUAUACUCUAUUAAACAGGAGUUGAGAGAGUUGUGAUUGAUAUGACUAAAAAUGAAGUGAUGAUAAAAGGAACAGUGGAGCCUCAGGCAAUCUGCAACAUAAUUACCAAGAAAACAAAAAGACUAGCCAAAGUUAUAUCUCUAUUGCCUGAAGCAGAAGGAGAACCUGUGCCAGAAUUUGUUAAUUCUCAGGUUAGUCACCCAGUUACUGUGGAACUUAAUGUAAAUAUGCACUAUGAGGCCUGUGCUGAGCAGCUGAAGGGGAAGGUGCUCAAAAUGAGAUGUGCUACUUUUUAGCAUUUCAAUGCGCUAAAAUCAUGAAACAUAUUUAUAUCUAUUAGAGAUACAACUGAAAAGGAAUUAUGUUAAAAAUAUUAAUGUCAUUGACCGAAUAAUUUCUUUAACACUUUCUUUUCAUGGACAAACUAAUCAUGCUUUAUACAUGUUCUAACACAAUAAAAGGCUUCAUACAUAAUGAUAGUCAUGUAUGCAUGAUGCCUAAAAACAAAACCGUUUAAUUAGGCUCAUUCCUUUGGCUUACUCCAUACUCACUAACAAAAUAGAGUGUUAGGAUUUAACAAUUGUUAUCCGAAUCUAUCUAUUAUAAUAUAUAAAUCCUAAAGUGCGGAUUAUGACGCCGCCAAAUUAUCUCUAUAUUACACUCUACACUAGCCACGUCAGCAUCUGCUUAGGUUUUCAACUCUUUAUAUUUGAUCCAGGUUCAUUCCAUCCAAAGUUUCCACCUUUACUCUAUCUCAAUUUUGGUUUUCCCUUUUUUGUGUUAAUGGGUGUGGUUGAGACGGCGAUGCCGGUGUUGUCUCUGAAUUCUUUGCCGUUAGGGUUCCGAUUCCAGCCAUCGGAUGAGGACAUCAUCGAUUUAUACCUCCGGCAGAAGAUCAACAAUAAUGGUGAUGAUGUUUGGGUUAUCCGAGAAAUCGAUGUCUGCAAAUGGGAGCCCUGGGAGUUACCUGAAUUUUCAGUGAUAAGGAACAAGGAUCCGGAGUGGUUCUUCUUCUGUCCACUGGACAGGAAGUAUCCGAAUGGGAAUCGUUUGAAGCGAGCAACAGGACAUGGGUAUUGGAAGGCAACGGGCAUUGAUCGUAAAAUCAAGUCUGGGUCCAGCUUGAUUGGAAUGAAGAAGACUUUGGUAUUCUAUCAUGGUCGUGCACCCAAAGGGAAGAGGACCAACUGGGUGAUGCAUGAGUACCGGACCACCCUGCAGGAGCUUGAUGGCACCAAUCCUGGACAGAAUCCAUAUGUCAUUUGUCGAUUAUUUAAGAAACAUGAUGAGAGCAUUGAAGUUUCAAACUGUGGUGAAGUUGAGCAGACAGCUUCAACUCCUAUUGCUGCCAAGUAUUGUCCUGAAGAAGUACAAUCCGAUACUCCUCUACCUGUUGUUGCUUUAUCCUCGUCACUGCUUACAGAAAAUGUUAAACCCAAGCCAAUUAUCCCUGAGACCUCAGAGGAAACAACAUCCAAGCCGGUGUUGUCUUUGAAUUCUCUGCCGAUUGCGAUCCGAUUCCGGCCAUCGGAUGAGGAAAUCAUCGAUUUCUACCUCAGGCAGAAGAUCAACGGUAAUGGUGAUGAUGUUUGGGUUAUCCGAGAAAUCGAUGUCUGCAAAUGGGAGCCCUGGGAUUUACCCGAUUUGUCAGUGAUACGGAACAAGGAUCCGGAGUGGUUCUUCUUCUGUCCACAGGACAGGAAGUAUCCAAAUGGGAAUCUAGUGAACCGAGCAACAGAACAUGGAUUUUGGAAAGCAACAGGCAGGGAUCGUAAAGUCAAGUCUGGGUCCAGCUUGAUUGGAAUAAAGAAGACUUUGGUAUUCUAUAAUGGGCGUGCACCCAGAGGGAAGAGGACAAAUUGGGUGAUGCAUGAGUACCAGCCCACCUUGCAGGAGCUUGAUGGUACCAAUCCUGGACAGAAUCCAUAUGUCAUUUGUCGAUUAUUUAAGAAACAAGAUGAGAGCAUUGAAGUUUCAAACUGUGGUGAAGUGGAGAAGACAGCUUCAACUCCUAUGGCUGCCAAGUAUUCUCCUGAAGAUGUACAAUCCGAUACUCCUCUACCUCCUGUUGCUGUAUCCUCAUCACUGCUUACAGAAGAUAAGACCCAGGCAAUUAUCCGUGAGACCUCUGAGGAAACAACAUCCAACAUUAUAACACCAGUUGAUCGCAAUAGUGAUGAAUAUGAUGCUCAUAAUGCCCAACCUCAGAAUGUAAAACUGGCUCUAGAGGAGAAUCAGCUGUUGAACUCGGACAUAUUUUCUGAUCUAGAAAAUGAUCUAUUUGAUGACAUAUUAUUCUCCCCGGCACUUGUGCAUCUUCCACAAGUAUUUGAUUAUCAAGCAAGCAAUGAACCAGAUGGUCUAAGUGGGCUUCAAUAUGGUACAAAUGAGACAGGUAUUUCAGACCUUUUCGAGUCACUUACUUCGGAUCAACUCUCCUAUGAGGAGACCGGAAGUCAACCAAUGAACUACCCCUUGUUUAAUGUUAAGGACAGCGGAUGGGGUAGUGACUCAGAUUUAAAAGUAACCAAUAUGCCUUCUAUGCAAGUUCCAUAUCCUGAGGAGGCAAUGGACAGGAAUGUUCCUUUGGGGACAGCGCCAGAGUUUUUCAGCACCGUUGGCGUCCCCUUUGACCAUAGUGCCGUUGAGCAGAAGGGAAAUGUUGGGUUAUUUCAAAAUCAAAAUGAUGCCCAGAUGACCUUUUCAUCCGAUGUUAGCAUGGGCCAAGUGAGCAAUGUAGUUAAUGAUUAUGAGGAACCAAGAAAUUGUAAUGUAUCUGCUGAUGGUGAUACUGGAAUCAUAAGAAGGGCUCGACGACCGCAAAAUGAACUUGUGAACACAAACAUAAAUCAAGGUUCUGCAAAUAGGUGAAUUCGUUUGUUAAAGAGUGCACAUGGCUCAAGUCGGGUGGUGAAAGGUGGGAGACGUGCACAAGAAGAUCGUAAUUCAAAACCAAUCACUGCAGUGGUAAGAAUUUUGUUUAUUUAGGUCGUGUGUCGAAGAGAUUGUCUCUGCCUGCAUGUGUUGUCCGAUUGUUUCUCUUCUGUAGGAGAAGAAAGCUUCAUAAAGUCUUGCUGCUGAUGAAGAUGAUACUCUUAGUAAUCAUGUGAAAGCAAUGCUGAAGACACCUAAGUCAACAAACAAUAGAAAGAUUUAUCAACGAGGUUCAAAUGCAGGUUCCUCCACCAAGGUGUUAAUAGACUUGUUACUGCUCAGAAGGGUGCCUUGCAUAUCAAAAGCUUCUUCUAAUCGUGCUGUGGUCUUCUGUUUUUGUAGUUUCUGCCUUUGUGAUGGUCUUAGUUAUCCGUCUUUAGUCUUUACUAACAUUUGGGGAUGUCUUGGAUUUUGAACUUCUAGUCUAGGAGAUCAUUACUUUUUUAUUUUGGAGCCAAUUGAGGAGAGGCAUGUAGGGCUGGACUUGCUUAGAUCAUUAGUUUCUGCCUUUGUGAUAUAUGUGUGUGCAUAUAAUAUGUAGCCUCACCUGGUUGGCUAGUCUGUAGACUCUGUUGCUUUACAUGAGAUCUUCUGUUUCACCGUUUUAA